AGCAGGUAGCUUUGCUUAGAUUUUAGUGGUGACUACAGUACUAGCUAGUUCGAAGCUCGUUGCGACGUUAGCAAAUCAGUUCGGACCUGUCAACACUGUGCGUGGGAGUACAUCACAUACGGUUUUCUCAGAUACAAAUAAAAAUAUCAAAGGCAGGGUGAAAGCGCCUUCUUCGGUACUGCGUGGUUGUUUUCUUGUUCUGGUACAAAGGGUAUACUCCUGAUUAAUAAAUUCGUAUCUAAGCGUUCUCGCAUUUGUAUAUAAACUAAUAAAAAUCAAUUAUCUCUUAUUGUAAGUGACGGUAAGCAAAAACUGGCGCAAUGCAGGAUAUUGUUACUAGCCUCGCGACGCAGUGCAUUCCCCCCGCUCGUGCGGGAGGACAAGGACGAGGCAAGUCCCAGUCCGGCGCAGCCGGUGGAAAGGGCCUCGAAAACAGCAUGGGCGCGGCGUCGGAAGCAGAUGCAGCUGGAAAAGGGGGUCUCGGACAGGGCGAGGGCAUGGGAAAGAGACGCGACGGUCGGGGCAACGAUAGCAUCGGACGUGGGGGAAAGGGAACCAUGAUUCCGUGGGGGCAGGCAUGGUCUGUUCCUGUGGAUGAAGCGCAAGCAGAACUUCUGGAAAAGAUUUAUUCACCGCAACUACUGCAGGACUAGGGAAAGACGUGAAGAUUUGCUCAUUGUUUUGCACGAUACGCAUGACUAAAAUCUGUGAUUUGUUAUGGUAAAUCGGGACUAUACUAUUUUUACACACAUCGAAAUCAAAAUUACUUUUUUAGCUGUUGGCUGCAUUGCAAAAUCCUUUUGUUUCUCUGCCAUCAUGUGAACAAGAUAAAUAUAAAGACACAGCUAGUUUUUACUCGACUGAUAAAAUUUAUUUCCCCGACCUGGUCCUGUUUGCACCGCGGAAUAAGAAUCUGGCGUCAACCGAGCACACCCACAAGACGGGGUGCAUUUUGUCCGCCAUGCAGCGGGAUGUGGUCCUGCUGGCGCAGGACAAGUGGUGGGACCUGUACUCGUUGGACAAGUGCGAGGUGUCUGGCCAGUUGAUCAAGGAGUUGUGCUCGACGCAGCCGGAGGUGCCGAUGGAGAACAACGGUUUGCGCGAGUUUCUGUUCAACCCGAUACGCCCAGGGGCCGCAAAGUGGCAGGGAGUGCCCUUUUAUUGCAGCCUCACGGGACGUACCUUGUACUACCGCAAGCCCGUCCACGAGUAUCCCAUGAAUUUUUUCGGCGAGGGGUCCGUGGAGCAGUGGGACUUGGGAACCGAACAGGACGGGGUGUCUCUGGAGUUCGCGAACCAGAAUGUGCUCGUCCCGAGGGAUAUCAACCGCAAAUAUGUCUGGGUCUGAAAGGAUGCAAGGUUUGUCAUGCUUGUCUGGCAUGACUGAAGAGUUUGUGAUGCGUGGUCAAAGAGAGACCCCUUUACUUGUCAUGCAAAAACGCAGUUUGUCAUGCGGAAAACGCAACACUAAGCAGCGCAGAUAUAUUUUCUCAUGCUUGGCUGUUCACCAUUACAGAGCAUUCACUACUCCCAACCCAGCAUUACAAGUUUCCAGAUCCAGAAAUGUUUGCACUCCAUAAGGAACUCCCGCGGUCCCGGACUGCAGGAGUUCCGGUAUCCACAGGACAUGGCCGCCGUGUCCGGCGGUGCGCGGAUGCAGGUCCGGUAUCCCACAGAAAAAAGCAGGCAGGUCAUACUUGUAAUGCAAAAAUAAAUACACUGCGCAUCCACCUAAGCAGGGUGCUAUGGGGUCGCCCAUGACAGAUUUUUCUGUGUAUUUAUUUUUGCAUUAGCUGCCCUGCCCCUGCCUGCUUUUUUCUCAGGGAUAUCCGGAGCUCGGUGUUGACUGCCAUGGAUCCCGAGGGCAAGUUUCCCCUGACGUAUAUGAGAAAGCACAACUCCCACCUCUUACCCUCAAUUGUCAUGCAAAGUCCCAAACAAGAAUCAAUUGGAUUCCUAUCCAGUUGCUGGCUGGUGGCAAUUAUCCUUGCAUGGUACUAAAAUCAUCGGGAUCCUGCCCAAAGAACAGUACUAGGACACCGGCACUUGGUGCCUGAACUUGGCAUGCGAGCAGGGCCGCUGCUCGACAUGUUCUUCGUGCGCUGGUGUUAGUUUGCAAUGCCUUCUAUGAAAUGCAAAUGCGGGGGAGGGGGAGCUGCGCAAGGUCAUAACGUACUUGCUCGAACCGGAUCUGGACUCGGUACGACCGAACGACCACCUGACAGCGGACUCUUUUUGAACUCCUUCGACAAGCGAUGCUACUUCGAACGAAAGACUCGUUUCGAACAACCUAUUCGGUAUAGUAGUACUCUUUAUUCCUGUGCGGCGUUCGUGGUGCUUAGUUACCAUUAAAGUACCAUUGUUUAUGCGUCGCGUGGUACAACUGUAGAUGUAAUUCUCUCGUCCCACGGUAAUAUUGAUUGCUAUUCUUGCUUCUGUAGCAUUCGCGAUAGGCGGUCAUGAGUACUGUACUCAUGCUUUUGCUGGCGACCCGGUUGACGACAUAUUUUUCCAGGUAAUAUGCUCCGAGGAAUUGAAAUAGGACAAGUUUCAAUCGAACGAAAAACUUAAGCGGUGACAAUUUUCCGCUGUACGAAAAAAUCUCGACCUUCGCGGCAGGAUCUAACUGCUGCUCGAAUCUCGGCCACGGUUUUCACUAUUUUCCUGGUAUUUAUUCAUUUGCCUUUUUUUCAUCCUCGACCUCGAUUUAUUACAUCAAGAUUUCGUCAUGAACAUCAACAUGAUCAUCCUUGAGGCAAGGGCGUCUGUUUCGUGGUCAAAUUGUUGGUGACACCAUCGCUACAUCACUAUGCUUACAGGUACUCGUAACGAAAGGACCGACAAAGUUCAACUCCGCUAUCAAAUCCGUCGAUAUUUGGCUGUAUCUUUACGAUGUCUGCGUGCAGGUUUUGCAUCUCGCAGACCGGCACUGUAUCUUCUAACUCACUGGUACUAGUGUUGUUGGCAGAAACGAUUAGAGUUUUUCUCGAGACAUCUAAUGAAUACUUCAAUGAAUUAGAGGUACGACUAUGAUAUGGGAAACGAUUGAAAGAGCAGCUUAAGCAUUGUGAAUCCAAUGUAGUUACACAUACACUUACAAGGGGCUAUAGCAACAGGAGAAGAAGUUUCUAGAACGACGAGUCUGUUCUAGUGACGACGUCACGGUUCUUUGCCACCUUCUAUGUGGAGAUUUUUCUGGUGGCGACCGGAAAGCCAGGAUGGAGGAGGCGAUGCUAUCUGUAGAAGUACGCAAGAACCUGAACCAAUAAAUCCUACGGUGUGUAGCUCUCUAUGUAGAAUUUUGGCGACAAUGAAGAUAUAGAUAAUUAUAAACGAUCUGAAUACUAGUUCCUACGUUUAUACACCCUAUACAAACUACUUUAGGUACGUCUUAGAGCUGAUUCCCCCUAUCGGCAUUCAGAUGCUUGAACUUCAACUUCUUACAGCAAGAUAUACUCCCCGAGAAAACGAAAAAAAAGUUCUUCCUGAUGUGGAUUUCUUGCAGAGCAAGACUCUCACGCGUUUGAAACGCGAUCUUGAUGUUUAGAGUUCUCAUGUGAAAUGCUGAUAUGAUUAUAUACCCAUCAAU